AUGACUCACUCAUCAUCCGAUCUCAAGCACUUCGCUUUGCAAAUUCAGCAAGUGCGAUUUUCGAACCUCAAGGAGCCGUGUCUCUGGGUUGCAAUCAUGGCCACGCAGAGCACUGAGAGUUCUUUUCUCGUUGGCCUGGUGGGCACUGAGAUCGUCACCGAGGUCAAACCUGAGCUUCAGCUACCGACGAAGACCUGGGUUACUUCUGAGAGAAUCGAAGAGCUAUCUCUGGUCGUAACCCAGCAGGCUAUUGAUCUAGGCUACAAGCCUGGAUUUGCCGCUGCCAAGUUCUUUUGCUAUUCCAAAGACAACCCAUCGCAAGAAACUGCAUUCAUGCGUGUUUACCGACAAAUUCCUCUCUCUGGGACAGAAUGGACCCCAUCUUGUACCCGGGCUGCUCAAGCACUUCCCCAAGCCAAGAUUAGAGAGUUGAUAGCCUACAAAACUCUUCAAAGCCAGGCAUGUCCCGUCGUUCCUCAACUGCUCGGAUACCAAGAAGAACUGCAAGGCGAUGAUGGACUUGUUCCGGGAGGGUCUUCCAUCACAAUCGUCUGGCAGAAGGUUCCUGGGUUUUCUCUAUCGCGAGAGUACUUCUGGAAUCUUGAUUUCGACCAUCGUGAAGCUAUUCGCGAGGAAUUUCGCCAUGCAUAUGACUAA